AUGGAAGAAGAAGACACCAGCAGCAGAUAUAGUGACACAGAUAAUGACAUUAGAAACCCCAAUCACGCAGCUGAUGUUGGGAUUUUUGAGCUUCCCAACUCAGAUGUCAACUGGAGCAACGCCGUCCAAGGCCAAGGUGGUGGAACCAGCCAAUCCAAUAUUUGUAUAAAUAUAAUUACCGCAACAAAAGGAGAGUCAGAUGUUCGGAUUUCAAGCUUUAACAACUUAGUUGUCGACUGCAGCAAUGGCGGCCAAGGGCAAGGUAGCCGUGAAUUCGAAGGUAUCUGUCACAAGAUUGAAUCUAAUGAAAUUACUGCAGAUAAUGGAUCCACAAAAGUUGGGUUUGAAAACUUUGGCAACGUCAACUACAAGACUACUAGUAAUAAAGAUCACGGCAAAGCAGCAGGGGGCUCGAGUUCCGCCCAAUGCGAACGUGGCGGUGGAGGAAAGAAACCCAAAGGUGGCGGUCUCAACAUUCGUGGCAAUCACAUUAAAGGAGAUAGAGGUCGGAAAGCGUACCGCGACUUCAGCAACUUCGAACGCAACUUGAAGACAACUAAUACUGAAGAUGGCGGCAGCACCAGCCAAGCCAAUAUUCACAAAAAUAAAAUUACAGCACACAAUGGAGCCUCAUAUGUUGGGAUGUUCAACUUUCACAACUGCGACAUCAAUGCCGGCCAAGCUCAAGGUGGCUGUGAAGGAAACGAGGGCUUCCUCAAACACAAAGGUGUCAGUCACAAAAUUUGUAAGAAUACAAUUAUAGCAGUUAAUUCCGGAAAAGUUGGGAUACAGAACUUUGGCAACAUCAAAUACAACAGCGAGAGUAUUUAUAAGUGGAUUAUUGCAUUUUUUGGCUUAUCAUAUUAA